AUGGCUGUUGAGAAACUUAUAAUUAUCUUCCUUGUCGUACUGUCUGCCAUUUUGUAUGAAGCAGUUAAAGCUGACGAAUGUGUUCAUGACAGUGAUUGUCAUGUCCUGGGUAAUAGGUCAAGGGCGGUGUGCUGCAAAAGCAACAUUUUCGGUAGUAAAUGUCGUGAGAGCUGUGUCGGAUUAAUGUGUUCUGCAGAUUUUAACUGCGGCGGAGCAUACUGUUGCCAAUACGAAUGUCGUGAGAGUUGUCUUAACGUUUCAUGCAUUAGCGACAGCGAUUGUGGUGGUUUCAGAUGCUGUAAUUAUAAAUGUCGUAAGAGUUGUCUCGGUCAAUCUUGUUUGAUCAACGAAGACUGCUCUGACGUAAAGUAUUGUUGCAACGGUAGAUGCGGCAAGAAAUGUACAGGGCAAACGACUUGUAUGAUUAAUUCAGAAUGUGGUGGAGACAACGAAUACUGUUGUAAUAAUUCGUGCCAGAAAGGAAGCUGUGGUUUGUCUGAUAGUAUUACUGUUCUUAUUGUAUUACUUGUUCUUGGUGGUAUGGCAACAGUUACCGUUGUUGCAUUAUCUUACUAUUGUUCACACCGUCGUAGAUCACCAGGAUUUAUAGGUGCUGACCAACUCGCAAUAUCAGCUACAACAUCACUGAUUCAUAGAGAAAAUGGACUGUCUGUUCAAGAUCCAACCUAUCCAGCGCCGGUUCAAUCUGAAGACUGA